AUGCCGGAAAUAUUGUGUCAGGAUAAAACAAAUGUCCAGGUGACGGAAUUCCAGCUGGAGCCGCUGAUACCUUCAUCACCAUUGACGACGCUGCAGACACGACAGACGCCUCAGACGCCUCAGACGACGACAGGACUUGGUUUGAAUUUACAUCGCUUUAAAGAUGUUUUGUUCAAAUAUGCAAAGUUCGUGGGACCAGGGUUAAUGGUUGCUGUGGCUUAUAUUGAUCCUGGUAAUUAUUCCACUGCUGUAAGUGCUGGUGCAUCUAACCAAUUCUCUUUACUUUGUGCUAUUUUGUUGUCUAAUUUCAUAGCCAUCUAUUUACAAUGUCUUUGUAUCAAAUUGGGGUCUGUCACAGGGAUGGAUUUGUCCAGAUGUUGUCGUCGUCAUUUACCUUGUUGGCUCAAUUGGAUCAUCUAUGUAUUUGCUGAAUGCGCUAUUAUUGCUACAGAUAUUGCAGAGGUUAUCGGUACUGCUAUUGCGUUAAAUAUUCUAAUCAAAGUACCAUUACCAGCAGGUGUAGCGAUUACAGUGGUGGAUGUCUUUGCAGUGAUGUUUUCUUAUAAUCCAGGUAAAUCGACUACAAAAUUUUUAAAGAUGUUUGAAUAUGGCGUGGCUCUCUUGGUACUUGCUGUGUGUAUUUGUUUUGCAGUUGAAUUGGCUUAUAUCCCCAAAAGUACUUCGGUGGGUCAAGUGUUUAGAGGUUUUGUACCAUCACACCAAAUGUUUCAACAUAAUGGGAUUUAUACAGCCAUUUCCAUUGUGGGUGCCACAGUCAUGCCUCAUUCGUUAUUCUUGGGGUCUGCACUAGUGCAACCACGAUUAUUGGAAUAUGAUCAACAACAUGAUAACUAUUCCCUCGAUGAUGAUGCUACAGUGGUGGAAAUCACGUUUAUCGAUUCCAAAGCGACUGGCAAAGGGCAAGGGAAAGAAAAAUCCGUUUCACAAAUUAGAGAAGAAAGAUAUUUCUCUUAUAUCCCAUCUCUUGAUGCUAUCAAAUAUUGUAUGAAAUAUUCCAUGGUAGAAUUGGCAUUAACACUUUUCACUGUAGCGUUAUUUGUAAAUUGUGCCAUCUUGGUAGUGGCAGGUUCCACUCUUUAUAAUACACCGGGUGCAGCGGAUGCAGAUCUAUAUGCUAUCCAUGAUUUAUUAUCCAUAAAUUUGGCUCCAGCAGCAGGUACCAUUUUCAUGGUCGCAUUAUUAUUUAGUGGUCAAUCAGCAGGUGUUGUUUGUACCAUGGCAGGUCAAAUCGUUAGUGAAGGUCAUAUCAAUUGGAAAUUGAAACCCUGGCAAAGAAGGCUAGCCACCAGAGCUAUAUCUAUGGUUCCAUGUCUCGUUAUUUCCAUCUGUAUCGGAAGAGAAGCCCUUUCCACUGCAUUGAAUGCCUCACAAGUCGUAUUGUCGAUCUUAUUACCAUUCCUAGUGGCGCCCUUGAUUUAUUUCACUUGUAAAAAAUCUAUCAUGCAAGUUGAGGUGCAAAACAGUGAUAACAACGACGAAGAUAAUGGGAAUAGUACUAAAGUCGUUAAUAUGGCUAAUAAUUGGGUAGUUACUAUCACAGGUGUAAUAGUAUGGAUUUUCCUAAGUGUAUUGAACGUGUAUGCCAUUGUUCAAUUGGGUAUCACAGGGGAGACCUAA